UUUCCAGCCGUCCGUCUGCGCUCCGCCGACUGAGGCCCAGGCGGACGCGGCGCCGGCGUGGACGCCGUGACCGCGGCCGGCAGGGGGGCGGACGAGCCCCCCGCUCUCGUCCAGGGAAGUCCUAGGGCGGCCCCCAGGGAAGGGGACCCCGGAAGACGAGCCAGAAAUUGCCCUGGAGGAAGAAGCGCGGAGCUCCCGCUAACCCGCCCCUCCCUCGUCACGUGACCGCGCGGGGCGAAAAGAGGGAACCCAGGGCCGCUGCGACGCCCGGACAGUAGGCUCCACUCCCAGCACUGAGCCCAACGUGGAGCUCGAACUCGAGACCCUGAGAUCCAGAAGUGAGCUGAUAACAAGAGUUGGACGCUUAACCAACUGAGCCACCCAGCUGCCCCUACAGGAAUCUUCAAAAAUCCACCUCUGCUCUUUGAGAUGCUGCCCAAACCUGGGAUCUAUUACUUCCCCUGGGAAGUCAGUGCUGGCCAAGUUCCCGACGGGGGCACCCUGAGAACAUUCGGAAGGUUGUGCCUCUAUGACAUGACUCAGUCCCGAGUCACCCUGAGGGCUCAGCAUGGAUCUGACGAGCACCAGAUCCUGGUGUGUACCAAGCUGGUGGAGCCGUUCCAAGCCCAAGUGGACUCCAUGUAUCUUGUCCUUGGGGAGCUCGAGCACCAGGACGGAGGCUCCGUGGUGAAGGCCCGGGUGCUGACUUGUGUGGAAGGAAUGAAUCUGCCCUUGUUAGAACAAGCCGUCCGGGAGCAGAGGAGGUACCAGCAGGAGAGGGACAGCAGCCAGCAGCAAGCGACAGUGCCUGACAGCUGUCCCCCCCAAACCUUCCCUGAAGCCAAGCCCCCUGGAGAUGCCAGAGCCACUGCGGGGAAGACGCAGGACCUUCCCCAGGAGUGACAGCCUUUGUCUGGAGCUGGAGAGAGGGGUGGGGGUGGGAUGGGGUUGCUAAUUUGGAUUGUUCCAGACACCCUGUGGGAGGCUGCACUGUGGGGUGCUGGGGCCUGAGCCUCGAGUGGGAAUAUGGAGGGUUCUGGAAAGUCCUCAUGAAUAAAAACCCCAGUGGGGGGAGACCUUG